GUUGUGCAGUGGAAACACAAGGAGAGCAGCAGUCGAGGCGUGUGUGAGUGAGUGAACAUCAUGGGACAUGCUCUCUGGGAAUGACCUACAGCAGUCUGGAGCUUCAUCCCUUUAUCCAGGAGCGCACAGACGUCUGCUGCUGAUCCUCACUGGACAAUACCACAAUAGUGAAGCUGAGAUUACAGAGUUCUGUUUUAAAGUUUAGAAUAAUGAGAGUCAAUUUUUCAGCUAGUUGGAUAUUUCAGGGAUGGAUCACACACUUCGUCCUCGCUCUAUGCACGCAGGCAGGACUGGCCAUAAUCUGCCAACCGAACGAGUACGAGCACAAUGGGGGAUGCUGCCAAAAAUGUGAACCAGGAAAAUACCUUUUUUCCCAUUGUGACGGGAGUCCGACAAAGUGCCGUGAUUGUGCCCAUGAUCAGUACCAGCCGGACUGGAACAGUGACACUAAGUGUAUUCCUCAGAAGUUCUGCGAUGAGGGUAAAGGAUUUAACCGCACCCUUCCACCCAACCUCACCGCGGCGGAACCGUGUCAGUGCAAGCAGGGCUUCCACUGCUCUCUGAUCAACUGCGAGUACUGUGAGUCCAUCAAAAACUGUCCUGCGGGAGAAGGAGUCGUGAUGGGUGAGACUGGCAGAGCUUCCUGUGUGACUUGCCUACCUGGAUUUUUCUCAGACUCUAUAUCAAUAGAAUCCUGCAAGAAAUGGACAGAUUGUAAAGCUAUUGGCAAGACUGAAAAACAGCCAGGAAGCACUAAGACAGAUGUAGUGUGUGGACUCCAUUCUCCCGGUAUGACACCCUGGGUGCUUGUGGCCAUCCUCUUAGUCAUCAUCGUGGUAUCUCUGGUCGUUCUCUUCUUGUUUUGCUGCAAAGAUAAGCUGAACUUCCUCUCAGUAAAUCUACGCACCUGCGUUCAAAACCUAAAAGGAAGUAGGAAUCGACAGGAAACUGUGACAACUUCAUAUCACAUUAGAAACGGUCUACAAACCCACCCUUUAAUCUGCCAAGAAAGAAGCCCCCCGGAGUCCCUGAUCAUGUGUCCCAGCACCAAAUUAACCAUCUUAGAAAUGUCAGAUUGCACGGACCAGGAGCAGGACCGAGCCGAAACCUCGUCGGGGAGCUCCAGCGUGGACUCCGGAUGCGGGCCGUCGUCCCCCCUGUCAGGCAGCUCCUGCAGCUGUGUGCUUUCCAUGAAGGAGCCCAUCGAGGUCGGAGAGAACGAGGACUGCAGUCAGCUGGUAGCCACGGGCCUGGCGUCGUGCUCCUCCUGCAGGACAGGGGACGGCAUAGGACACGUGCAGGUUAUCGGCCUUAAAGAGCAUCUGCUGUGUGAGAGCUGCUCGCUGGACGGCCUGCCCGCAUGCGAUUAUGUGGAUCUGCAGCGCUCGCAGGAACUCUAUCUGGACUACAGCAGCCCUGCUGGCAAAGAAGCCAUGUCGGAGAUCAGAGGCGUCUACGGGGACCGAGGUUUGGCCGAGGGGCUGUACAGACAGAACGAACCUUGUUGCUGCAGCAUAGACUCCACCACCGUUCCUCCUUUGCCGUCCAUCAGCGCUAAUGACCAGGGCCUUUCACUGAUCCACAGCGACGACCACAAACUGUCGGACCCUGACGUGGAGUACCAGAACCAGUGCUCAGAUGCCGCCCUCACAUCUGGUCAGGUGACAGGAAACAACAACACUACUUUUAUCUCCAGCGGGCAGGUGAUGAACUUCAGCGGUGAGGUCAUCGUGGUCUACGUCAGUCAGACAUCACUGGGCAGCAGCGGGGAGACAGACGAACCCUUCAGCUGCCCGGUUCAGGAACAAUCUAAUGAGGACAGAUUUCCAAGUGAGCCCAAAUCUAACACAAGCACAACACCGCAGGCCAAGAGCACAAACGGACACAUGGAAAAACACCUGCCUGUACAGGAAAUGACUAACGACUGGUCCUGGCAGAAAUAAAAAAAGGUGCAAACAUUUCCUACUGGACAGGAAUGGACUUUUUUAAAUGAUUAUUAUUGAUUAAUGUUCUCCGUAUGAGUGCUGUUUCAUGAAAAAAAAAAUGCUAUGCAUUUGUUGACCUAUGUAUUUAUAUAGUAUAAAUUAGGUACUUGUCAGCUUUGGGAGGAUUUCUAUGGUGCGGAUGCUAAUGAUCUGAUGACAGUAAAAGUCCAGAACAUUGAUUUCAGAAUAAAAGCCCAGCAAACACAGAACGUUUCCCUAACGUUACCGAAUGGUCCCAUGAGGUUAUUUUUUGGGAACCAAACAAGAACUUUAUAGGAACAAUCCAUGAAGGUUAUUUUUAGGUUCCAUUUUUAUAACGUAAGGAGAAUGUUCCGGGAACGUUCCCUUAACCUUAAGGGAAAGUUCUAGGAACGUUUUGGAAACCAAAAACUAACAUUCCCAGAACGUUCCCAGAACUUAAAUUUGUUUGUUGGAAGGUGGUGCUUUGGACAUGAAGCCAAACUCAGGCCAAUGUAGCCACCACAACAAAAGCUUGAUGUUUUUCGUUGUCCCUUUCUCUUCUCUGAAACUGAGCUAUCGUCCUGUACCUCAUGGCAAAAUCCAUUGUAUGGUGUUGUUAAAUCUCAGACUAGUUAGUAAAAUGGAAAUGACAAAUGGGGAUGUUGAUUUGUGGUGUUUAUAUUUUUUUUAAAAACUAUUUGUUAAUCUUUUUUUUUUUGUUAUUUAUCGUGCCUUUUUGUGCCAAGUCAGUCUGACUGGAGCAGAACAUUUCACAAACAUAAUGUAUAAAGUGAUUGAAAAAUCAAUGUUCUGAUACACGAAUAGUGAUUUUCUCCACCCAUUACUGUAAAUAAAGCUUGUUUGUAUGAAACAA